AUGGAAAAAAUCAUGGAUGAAAUUGAAUAUAAGGAAGCGAAAGAGGAUUGGGUUACCGGCCACGAUGGUGGAUCAAUGUGGGAAGUUUUUUUUAUAGCGUGUGUUUUUUUGAAUUCAUUUGUUUUAUGGUCAGCAACGGAAAAAUAUGCUAAAAUUUUCAACUAUGCUUCUAACAAUACCAUCUCAAACUUUCUAUUGGAAUACAUGUUUUUAAUUAUUCCGAAUCUUCUCUCGUGCACUUUAUUAGUAGACUAUGCUUUUUAUUUAAAUGUUAUCUUAUUAAUUUCAACCUUUGUGAUAAUUAAAAAUUCUUCAGUUAAAUUUAUAAAAGAUGAUGAUAACGAAAAGAAAAAAAAGAGAUGGGAAAGUGAUUCGGAUGAUGAUCUAAUUGAAUUAUCUGUAAAUGAAGAAAAAUCCGAUGAUAAAGAUUUGGCAGGUAUCGUGGCUGCACAACCGUUUUUGAAAAAACCAGAAAAUCGGUUUAAGCCAUUCAAAGGGCAAUUGUUAAAGGCAGUCAAACAAGCAUUUCCAAUAUUAACACUUGGAUUUAUACGACUAAUGAUGGUAAAAGGUGUUGAUUAUCAAGAGCAUGCUUCUGAGUAUGGCAUACAUUGGAACUUUUUUUUCACGCUUGGAUUUUUGCCAAUAUUUGUCACUAUAUGUAGAACUGCUCAUAAAUAUAUCCGAUUUUCUAUUCUCGGGUUGUCCAUCGCUGUUUUAUAUCAAAUUAUUCUUUAUGGACUUGGUCUUGAAGAUUACAUAUUGAAUGCUCCUCGUACUGAUUUGAUUAGUUCAAAUAAAGAAGGCAUAUGCAGUUUUUGGGGUUACCUAUCUAUAUUUCUGGUUGCCCUAGAUAUAGGUCACUACAUAUUACCAGUUGAUCCUUAUUAUGCGAUUCGCCAAAAUAGACAAACUAAAAAGCCGAAACCAAAAAAAUUAGCCAUGAUAUUAUUUUCAUGGGCUAUUCUACUUUGGCUUGGAUUCAUAUUUUGCGUGAUACUUAGAAUCCCAGUAUCUAGAAGGAUUGCGAAUUUAAGCUAUAUAUUCUUGGUGGUAUCUUGUAAUACAACUGUUUUGUUAUUAUUUCAAAUCGUGGAAAUAGUUUUUUUUGAAGAAUAUUGGAAAAAUGAAAGAAAUUUACCAUUAGUUUUUGAGGCUGUGAAUUCCAAUGGGUUGGCUGUAUUUCUUUUGGCUAAUAUAUUAACCGGACUAGUUAAUUUAUCUAUACGCACUUUGUUUGUAAAUUAUGGUUGGGCUGAAUGUAUAUUAGCAGCCUAUAUGUUUGUUAUCGUUGCUAUAGCU